UUCGGUCUCUUGCUCGAUCUUUUAAUUCCGAUCAUUGCUAGUUUCCAGUCGAUCGACCAUGGCAGCUACCAGAGCUCUCCUUCUUGCUGUCGUGUCCAUGGCUGCGCUGCUCGGUACGGCGCUAGGCGCAAGCUACACCGUCGGCGCGCCAAGCGGGUCAUGGGACCUCAAAACCAACUACACCCGGUGGGCUUCCGGCGUAAAGCUUUACGCCGGCGACCAGCUCCGCUUCCAGUACACCGUCGCGGAGCACAACGUGGUGGAGGUCACCAAGUCGGGCUACGAUGCCUGCAACGGCUCCAACAACACCGUGGCGACGUACCAGAUCGGCAACGACACAAUCCCACUCACCGCUGCGGGCAGCCGGUACUUUAUCUGCGGUGUCCCCGGGCACUGCGCCGCCGGCAUGAAGCUACAGGUGAACGUGAGCUCGCAGCUGACGCCGCCACCACCACCGCCGCCGCCGCAGCAGCAAUGCCGAAUGCGAAAGGGCAAGUUGCGGUGCAACCGGCCAGCAUCUCCGUCGAGCUCUGCCUCGGCGGCGGCUGCCGUUGAUCGGUCUGCGGUGGCGUGGCAAAGAUUGGCAGCCGUCGUGGUUGCAGGUCUUGUGCUCCUUUGCUAGCGUCAGCGACGGCAGUUUGUACUUCACGAUAUUCUUGCCUUCUCAUUUUUUUUAUUCUAUUUCACCAUUUGGUUGAGGCGUCGUUGAUGUUUGCCGAUGUUCAUGUAUAAUAACAUCAACUGCACAAUUCUUUAUACCAAAUGUGAUUCGUUCAUUGUACUAUGAUUGAUUUUGUUAAUCGUGAAUAUCAGAGAAAUCUCUUUUUCCACUAGUGAGAGAUGUGUUGAUCAAUUAGCAUUCUAUUCCUUUCUUCCCAUAAUUAUAAAUUAUAUUA